AUGUGCAUUCAAACAGCGCUCAGAGUCAGUGUGUUCAUGAGGAGCAGGAACAGCAGAAACAGCUUCAUCCUCCUUCUCCAUCCAGUACAAUGCUUGAUAAUACUUGAUAAUACUCUUUCAUUCCAGUCUCACAUUAAUUACAUAACCCGGUCUGCUUACUUCCAUUUACGUAAUAUUAACCGACUCCGUCCCUUCCUUACCCCUCAUGCUGCUGCCAUCCUUGUCCAUAGUCUUAUUACAUCCCGUAUUGAUUACUGUAAUUCCCUCCUAUUUGGUCUCCCUAAAAGGUCCCUUCAUAAACUCCAACUUCUUCAAAAUUCUGCAGCUCGGAUCAUAACCCGUACUCCGUUAAGUGCUCAUAUUACCCCAGUUCUUCAGCAGCUUCACUGGUUGCCCAUAGAAGCCAGGAUAAAUUUUAAAAUCUUACUUCUUACUUACAAGUGUAUCCAUAAAUCUGCUCCUUCAUAUUUGUGUGACCUGCUCCAUAUCACCACUGUUUCCCGCCUUCUCAGAUCAUCAUCUGCUAUUCAUCUUACUGUUCCGUCCUCACACCUUAUUACUAUGGGGAACAGAGCUUUCAGUCGCUCUGCUCCCCGGCUCUGGAACUCUCUUCCCCCUGCACUAAGAAAUAUUGACUCCCUCUCCGUAUUCAAGACACAGCUCAAAACACAUCUGUUUAAACUGGCUUAUUCGCUUUAA